CGGUAUACAAAGUAUAGAAAAAGAAGUGUUUCCGGGUGGCAGGUGGAUGUUUUGGUGUGGGUCGGGUUGAUUAGGUCGUUACAGGUUCUCCAGUAAACCGGUCCGUGCACACUUUGAUGCGCUCCCCUGAGCUCUGCUAGCCGGAUAUCAGUGUCGCCCCCCUCACUCGCUCCGACCCUGACAUGGCCUCCAGGCGGCCGGACAGCUUCGACGGGCUCGGGUACCGUGGCCGGGAUGACCCGCUGUACGGAGCGGGCUACCCGGUUCGGAGCGCCGGAGCCCCCGCCGAACCGCAGCUCCACCACUGGGUCACCACGCCGCCCGACAUCCCCGGCAGCCGCAACCUGCACCCUGGAGAGCGGACACCUCUGUUCGAUGACGCCCCGGGAGAGAUCGCAGGUUCUGCAAGCGGCUGGGAAGCUCCAAAUCCCAGCAGGCCCCCCGCUGAGCAGCUGAAUCGAUUCGCUGGCUUCGGGGUUGGAUUCGUCAGUCUGUUCACAGAGAACGUCCUCUCUCACCCCUGCAUCGUGUUCCGCAGACAGUGCCAGGUGAACUACCACGCCCGGUGUUAUCACCUGACUCCAUUCAGCGCUGUCGCUGUAAUGUACAGCAUCACCAAAGCUCAGGGUGUGAAGGCUCUGUGGAAGGGGAUGGGCAGCACAUUCAUCGUUCAUGGUGUUACCCUCGGAGCCGAGGGCAUCAUCAGCGAGUUCACGCCACUGCCACGGCUCAUUCUGCGGGGCCAUGAUGUCACCGGCACGGAAGCAGAAGAAGCAUAUGCUGUUAUGACCUCCAGCACUUGCAGGAAGAUGGCUCAGAAUCUGUGGAUUAAGCAGCACUGCCAGAAACUACCAGCUCAGCUGAAAUUCAGGCUUGGUGUCCUCAUGGUUAAAGACACUGUCCAGCACUGGGACACUGCAGUACAGAGGUCUGCUCUGGUUAAGGAAAAGCUAAAGAACAACAUAAACAGUUUUACUAUUAAGCCGGAUAUCAGUGUCGCCCCCCUCACUCGCUCCGACCCUGACAUGGCCUCCAGGCGGCCGGACAGCUUCGACGGGCUCGGGUACCGUGGCCGGGAUGACCCGCUGUACGGAGCGGGCUACCCGGUUCGGAGCGCCGGAGCCCCCGCCGAACCGCAGCUCCACCACUGGGUCACCACGCCGCCCGACAUCCCCGGCAGCCGCAACCUGCACCCUGGAGAGCGGACACCUCUGUUCGAUGACGCCCCGGGAGAGAUCGCAGGUUCUGCAAGCGGCUGGGAAGCUCCAAAUCCCAGCAGGCCCCCCGCUGAGCAGCUGAAUCGAUUCGCUGGCUUCGGGGUUGGAUUCGUCAGUCUGUUCACAGAGAACGUCCUCUCUCACCCCUGCAUCGUGUUCCGCAGACAGUGCCAGGUGAACUACCACGCCCGGUGUUAUCACCUGACUCCAUUCAGCGCUGUCGCUGUAAUGUACAGCAUCACCAAAGCUCAGGGUGUGAAGGCUCUGUGGAAGGGGAUGGGCAGCACAUUCAUCGUUCAUGGUGUUACGCUCGGAGCCGAGGGCAUCAUCAGCGAGUUCACGCCACUGCCACGGGAGCUUCCUCACAGGUGCAGCUGGAAACAGGUGGCUGGGCAUUUGCUGCUUAAAGGAUUAACGGCAGUCGUCGCUCUUCCAUUUUACUGUGCCAGCCUCAUUGAGACCGUGCAGAGCGAGAUUGUGCGGGAUGAGUCGUCCUCUGGCCUGCUGGACUGCGUCCGUGAGGGUGUUGCUCGACUGCUGGGUGUCGGCGCACCUCACAGUCGUCGCCUGCUUCCUCUCAGAUGCCUGCUGCUUCCCGCUGCGCUGCAUGCCAUCCUGCGCUAUGCUGUGGCUACCUCCAUCCAGCGGGUGGUGCUGUGGCUGCACCAGCGUAGCAAGAAGCAGCGGGCAGAACCAUCCAAUCCACUAGAUGCCUACUUCCCCGAGCUGGCGGCAUCUUGGGCGGGUUCUCUGGUGGCUGACGUGGUGUUGUUUCCUCUUGAGACGGUGCUACAUCGCCUGGCUCUGCAGGGUACGCGCACCAUCAUUGAUGCCACCGAUGGAGUGGUCGCGGUGGGAAAUGGCGGGAGCCCGCUGGUAGUGCCCGUAAACACGCAGUAUGAUGGCUUCUCUGACUGCCUGCACGCCAUCAGCCGCAAGGAAGGUGGUGCUGGCUUCUACCGAGGUUUCGGCGUGCUGGUAGCCCAGUAUGCUUUGCACGGAGCGCUGCUGGCCGCCGCCAGGACGCUGAUGAGGGUGCUGCUGCUGGAUGCCAAGGCCAGCUAGGUUGUUACUACAGAGACUGUUGUCAUGACAACAGGACAUUUCUCAUCUUGUAAAUGAGACGAAAAAGACCUGCUCAUGUGACGACAUCAGCACUUGAGUCCUGUUACCUAGCAACCACUAAGAAUCACCAGAUUGUGUCACCUCCUCCCCAAUGAUGUCACUUCCUGCUUAUGUUUGGACAAACAGUGGUGGCAGUUGUUUUCCUUCACGUAAACUGAGCAUCACUUCCUGUGUUUUUGUUCAGCUCUGACAGCUGAUUGGUCGCCCACUACUGAUAUACAAACAAACAUGUAAACAGAUGUUUUUGUAUAAAGUUGUAAAAAAAUUUAAAAAAGUUCAGUGUAGAUUUAGACUAAAUUAUUUCUGAUCGAUUGGUCUCUAAAGCGAUACUUGGAUGAGAUGAGCCUGGCUUUUCAAAAUAAGUGUCUGUUUAAGCUGGUGUAAGGUGUAAUGGUGUCUGUAAAUGUGAAAUAAAUCAAUGUUAAUUUGA